AUGCUACCCGGUCGAGUACUUGUUUUGAUCUUUACAGUGAGUUCAUUUCUGAUAUAUUCUGUUGAUUCUGAUGAUUUCUCUUUUUUUCAGUAUGCCAUCGUUCAAAUUGAAUGUAAUAUUACGGAUUGGUCCAAAGAUUAUCCAUUACCGUAUCAACUCAACUUUACGGACAACCGGCAUUUUGAGAUUGGUAAGGAACCCUGUGGGCAGAGCUUGAUAUUUCAUAAGUAAAAACAAAUUUCAUUAACAUGAUUUUUCUUUAAGGUUUGCUUUCAUGGCGAGCAGUUUUUGAAUACUGCCUUUGAGGUCUUCUCUAACCCAUAGCUUGAAAUAUGAUAGGCCAAAGUUAAGACUCAUUGUGGGGUAAGGACUGGUCGAUCCUGCCUUUUCUUCGGUUGUUUGUUUCCCACAGAAAAACUUAUUAUUGUUAGAUAUUUGAUGAUUCAUGGUAGUGGAAAAAGUUGCUUAUUCUGACCACAAAAAAUGUAUUCUGCGACCUGUGCCCAAGCUUGGAAACUAAAGGUAGAAAAAAAGGUUUGGACCCAGCUUGUCCUGGCUUACCGUACCGUCUAUAUGAUUUUUAGUCACCUCUAAGGACUAUUAAAGCUCUCAUUUGGUUCCGGAAACAAUAGUUCAAUCCGAGAGAGAUUUCGUCGUAUAAAGCGAAACCGCAGUCUGCUGCCGUCUUUCAAGGGUUAGCCGGAACUUGAGGUACCUAACUAAUGUAAAUAAAUAAAUGCAACGUCCUUGCGUUUAGAACGGUCAACUAAACCUGUUUUCCAAAUUUCGGCCAAUGCUAAAUACUUUGCGCAAAGUUAUACGUUGUGACCAGAAUAAGGAACUUUUACCAAUUUUUUGCUCAUUACCUAAUCCACAAAACCUCUUUUUUCCAGGCUGCAUGCUCAUAAUCUACGUUCGCCUCAUACACGGCUCGACGAUUGGUCUACAUGACGAGAACAAUGACGUAAACUUUUUCAUAACCGUUCGCGGACAAAACCUCAUCCUGAACUAUGCGUUGCACGACGUCUGGGCUACGGAGAUUUUUAUCUGCGACGGAGAAGCCAACUUCACCGAGUGCACAAACAACGGCGAUGUGUCGGAGGUGAUCAUUGAGAGAGUGGAAGGCGGUUACAAUGUCAUCAUAAAUGGGAAACGAAGGAAUCCGAACGUUUUCCCAAACAAAGUUGGGACGGAAGCGAUCUUUCUUUUGGUGCAGAGUGAAGUGGGCAAGAAUUUCGAGGUCACUGGAAUAACUGCUUUACUACCUGAUCCAACUUAG